UACGCAGAUCUCUCCCACACUUCUUGAAAACUUUCUGUUGAACGCAGAUUUCGCAGAUCGUUAUCUUCCUUCAUUUUGGGAUUCUUUCUCGCUCUAGGGUUUGCUUCCAACCAUCGCCGUCGGGGUUUUAAUCAAUUGCAGUAGGGGGUUUUAAUCAAUUGCAGGUUCGAUCUUUCAAGAAAGAGUUUUGAAAGCAGUUACCAUUCCUGUGGUGGUCUUCUUUAUCUGUGAGACUGAAUGAACUAAUUCUCAUGGAGUCGAAAUGUGCGAAGAAAAAGUCUAGUAGUAGUAAAUCUAUGUUCUACGAAGCUCCUCUUGGUUACAGCAUUGAAGACAUUCGACCAAACGGUGGAAUCAAGAAGUUCAGAACUGCUGCUUACUCCAACGUGAGUAGUUCUACUGUAAUUUUAAUUCUAUUGGAUGUUACAUGAUAACAAUUUUUGUGCUUGCAAAAUGAAAAGAUUUGUGCAAGUUAUACGUAGCAAUGUUAUCUAACUUUUUCCCUUACCUUCUCUUUUAUAUAUGCAGUGCGUCCGAAGGCCAUCCUGAGAUUCCCUUUAGUGUUUACAUAACCACCUGAGGUGGUUCAUAGUGCAGUUUACUCUAUUUAGUAUUUCUUUUAUUUUCUGUGUCCCUCCCCUUGUUCUCUCACUCGUUCUCUCCCUUUCUGAAACUUCAUUUGCUCCUUCAAAAGUAAGAUGGCGUUGCCUGUUUCUGCAAUUGGAUUUGAAGGCUAUGAAAAGAGACUUGAGAUAUCAUUUUUUGAGCCAGGAAUCUUUGCUGACCCUGUUGGGAUGGGUCUCCGUUCAUUGUCUAAAACACAAUUGGAUGAAAUUCUAGAGCCAGCUGAAUGCACUAUAGUCUCUUCAUUGUCAAAUGAUGAUGUUGAUUCAUAUGUCCUUUCUGAGUCUAGCCUUUUUGUUUAUCCUUACAAGAUUAUCAUCAAAACUUGUGGGACUACAAAAUUACUUCUCUCAAUCCCACCCAUCCUUAAGUUGGCUAAUAGUCUUGAUCUUUCUGUGAGAUCUGUGAAGUACACUCGUGGAAGCUUCAUAUUUCCUGGUGCACAAUCAUUUCCACAUCGUAACUUCUCUGAAGAAGUAGUUGAACUGGAUGGUCAUUUUGGCAAGCUUGGAGCAGGCAGCAAGGCUUACAUGAUGGGUAGUCAUGACAAGCCACAGAAAUGGCAUGUUUACACUGCAGCUGCAGAGUUUACUGGUCGAUUGGAUCCAGUUUAUACUCUAGAGAUGUGCAUGACUGGUUUGGACAGGAAGAAAGCAUCUGUCUUUUACAAAACUGAUACAAGCUCGGCAGCUGUGAUGACUGAAAACUCUGGUAUUAGGAAAAUUCUUCCAAAUUCUGAGAUAUGUGACUUCGAGUUUGAUCCGUGUGGUUACUCAAUGAAUGCUAUUGAAGAGGAUGCAAUUUCUACAAUUCACGUCACACCGGAAGACGGUUUCAGUUAUGCUAGUUUUGAAGCAAUGGGCUAUAAUCUCAAUGAUGAUAGUUUGACCCAGAUGCUUGAGAGGGUUUUGGAUUGCUUUCAGCCUGCUCACUUUUCUGUGGCACUGCAUGCUGAUGUUGAAGGCAAGAAACUUGAAUAUGACUUUCCCCUGGAUGUGAUGGGAUACUAUUGUGAGGGAAGGAGCUAUGAAGGGCUUGGGAAGGGUGGUUCAAUCAUCUACCACAGCUUUAUGAAGUCUGAAGAGUGUGGCUCUCCCAGGUCAAUUUUGAAAUGGAGAGAGAACGAGGAAGAGGAGCAAGUUCUUAAGAAAAAGUGAUGGACUGGAUGUUGCGGUCCUUUUUUUACUCUAUAUAGAAUAAAUGAGGGUGUAGGGGCACCAGUAUGAUUUAUGGUUUAUGUUUUAGCUGUAUUGGUUUGGUUCUUAUCAGUUUGGGUUUUAUGUCUUUAUGUUGAUUCUCAGGUUUAAGUGCUAGACCUGAUACUUUAUAAGUAAACUGCUGCUUGUUUUUCAUUAUAUCUUUUAUUCAAAGAUUGAAAGGGAUGAUGUGCAAA